UUGGGAACAGUAUACUCGCGAUAAGAACAUCGCAUCGAAGUGGGUGUUGCUGGCGGCUGCUACCACUCGAGCCCAUUGACGCCUCUGCCUUUGCAUUAGCCUCUUGCUGGCUAUCAACGCCAUUCCCCAUCCCAGGUCCUCCAAACCCACCAGCCAUUCCCUCAUCCAAUGUCCCUUGUCUUUGGAAGCGACACUUUCCUGAGACUCUGGGCGUAGAUAACAUUCUUGGCCGGCGACAUUUUGCAUGUCUGGAGCUACCUUCGCGUCGAGAGUCGAUAAAUUAGCGCAUGCAUCUUCAUUUCGAUGGUCUGGAGUGCAUUAGUCCCGGUGAAAGGCUUUAGCCAGAGACCUGGGGGCCAAAUCAAGAACAAUGGGGACAGGAUACCCACAACUCCACAACGUUCCUUUUUCCUUUCUGCUGCUGAGUCAUUAUUAGAAUCUGCAGCUGCGACUGCACCGGCGGCUCAAAUCCAAUUACAAUGCAGAAUCAGCAGGCACACAAUGGUUAGGGACUGUUGGGGCCUAAAACGCUGAACCUGAAUCGUAGUACCCUCGCUCUCUCCCCAUUUCGAUCGGCAAUUUGGCCUUAACUUCGGACAUGGCCGAAAGCCGCUGGCGAGCAUUGUCCACUCUCCGUGGGCCUUUUUGCUUUAUUAUAGCAACGCUUAUACAGAUUAGAAUAAAUCAACUUGUCCCCCCGCGCAGACUAGACUCGUUCUGCUCUCGUUUUGCUUGUCCGGCGAUCGGAAAACGCUACCGGCAACAACAAUCUCAACUGGUCAGUUGGAGUUUGCAGCUGCAUUGGGGUCUGCAGAGGAAAAAAUUCAUAAAAAAUGGUAAAUCGUUUGGUUUUUAAUAAAACAGUGGUAGAGUGAUUUUAUGGGUAGUAUUGAAAUGCGGAUUCGGGGCAACGCCAACUCAAAAUGAAAGACUUAAGUUAUUCAAUUGGGUUUGACAAAUUGACAAUUUGACUUUGAAAUAUACAAAAAAUGGGGAAUAUUUGGCACGUAAUUGUUUUUGAUAGAGCUUUCGACGAAAUCGUUUCAAAUAAAUUAAUAAACAGAAUUCUGAGAAGUUAUUACAACUUUAAUUCCUGACGAUAUUGAGCUAAUUGUAACUUAUACAUUUUUUAUGAGUGUAAGAUCUGGAAUCUAGACCCUGGACUGACCACCCUACUCCCCAGAUAGUUGGACGCGGAUCCCCAUUAAGUGCGCACAGACCAAAAGGAUGUUGGCGGAGAUAAGCAGGCAAAUAAGUUGCAAGUUGCAAGAGGACCGGACGACGAGGAUCGGAAAUGCGAAACCAGGUGUGCGAGGAUGCGGACCGUUGGCAAAUGGGCAUUAAGAAUGGCCAGGAGGCCAUGAAGCGUAUCAAGACUAUAUACCGCCGGAUCUUCGCCACCGAGGAUCUCCUGAAUAAUGCGGACUCAAGGAAGGGUCUUCAGUCCACUGAGAAGCGGAUCAAUAAUUUAUAUUUACGCCUCGAGCGUCCUCUGUCAACGAUGACCAAAAUUUUAGAAUCACUGACUAAGGUUAGGGACAACACUGCCCGCAUGCUGAACCGACUGACCCUCUGGAUGGAUGAUGAAAUAGUGGCGGCACACAGGAUCCUUCCCAACUUAAAAAGUUCCCAACUCCUGACGGUGCUACAGUUACUCAGACAACGAUACGAUGCUGAGUGGGAGGUCAAGGAGAUGGUUGUCAACGACUUGGAGCACAUAAACAACUCCUACGAGCUGGACAUUUUGGUGGAUGGUUGGGACAUAUGCAAGCAUGCGGGAGGUCUGGAGUUCGCCAAGUCGUUGCGCAAUCAUUAUAGGGUCGUUGGACGCACGCAACCUUCAUUUACCAAAAAAUUCCAUUACAUUUAAAAUCACCAUAACGGAAAUAUCCCAACAACGCCACUACUCAUAAGAAAAGCACGUUAAGUUUUGAAUUUGAUGUUAGUUUUAUUUGAAAAAUGGUUUUUUAGUUUGUAUUUGUUAUCGCCUGCUUGCCAAACAAAUCAAUAAUCUGUAAAGAAAUUACAAAAAAUUGCAUUU